ACGGUCGCUCUGGGCGGAUAUCCGGUUCCGCCUGUGGGAGCCGCCCCGGCUGAGGGAGAGGCGCGGUUCGGUUCCGCUCCGUCCCUUUUCGUUCCGUUCCAUUUGAAGGCCCGGCGGCCUCCGCCCAGCCGCCGUUAUGGGCUGUACAUUAAGCGCCGAGGAUAAAGCGGCGGUAGAAAGGAGUAAAAUGAUCGAUCGGAACCUACGGGAAGACGGCGAGAAGGCGGCCAAGGAGGUGAAACUACUACUGCUGGGUGCUGGGGAGUCUGGGAAGAGCACCAUAGUGAAGCAGAUGAAGAUUAUCCAUGAGGAUGGUUACUCGGAGGAGGAAUGCAAGCAGUAUAAAGUGGUGGUGUACAGCAAUACGAUCCAGUCCAUCAUUGCUAUCAUAAGAGCCAUGGGAAGGCUAAAGAUUGACUUUGGAGAGGUGGCCAGAGCUGACGAUGCCCGCCAGCUGUUUGUGUUGGCUGGAAGUGCAGAGGAAGGGGUGAUGACGGCCGAGCUGGCUGGAGUGAUCAAGAGGCUGUGGAGGGAUGCUGGAGUGCAGGCCUGCUUCAGCAGAUCCAGGGAGUACCAGCUGAACGACUCUGCCUCGUAUUACCUGAACGACUUGGAUAGAAUAUCCCAGCCGACCUACAUUCCGACUCAGCAGGAUGUGCUGCGCACCCGGGUGAAAACAACGGGCAUCGUGGAGACACACUUCACCUUCAAGGACCUCUACUUCAAGAUGUUCGAUGUGGGUGGGCAGCGGUCGGAGCGGAAGAAGUGGAUCCACUGCUUCGAGGGGGUCACGGCCAUCAUUUUCUGUGUGGCCCUGAGUGACUAUGACCUCGUCUUGGCCGAGGAUGAAGAAAUGAACCGGAUGCACGAGAGCAUGAAACUGUUUGACAGCAUCUGCAACAACAAGUGGUUCACAGACACGUCCAUCAUCCUCUUCCUCAACAAGAAGGACCUAUUUGAGGAGAAGAUCAAGAAGUCCCCCCUGACCAUCUGCUUCCCCGAGUACACAGGCUCCAACACGUACGAGGAGGCGGCUGCCUACAUCCAGUGUCAGUUUGAGGACCUGAACAGGAGGAAAGACACCAAGGAGAUCUACACGCACUUCACCUGCGCCACCGACACCAAGAACGUGCAGUUCGUGUUCGACGCCGUCACGGACGUCAUCAUUAAGAACAACCUGAAGGAGUGCGGGCUGUACUGAAGUUCUUACAGAGCUCCCUUGGCACAAGCAGACUUUGCUGCCUCGUGGGGACAGCGGCGCGAGCGGGACCAGGGGGCUGAAAGCAGCAUGCAGAAUCGUCGCGUUCUUUAGCACAACCUUCUGUAUUAGGGACCUUUGGGAUGGAUGAGGGGGCGUUGAGGGUUGGGGUCAGGGCACUACAGCCCCCGUGGGACCUUCUGCGUCGCCCUGACGUCGUGUGGAUGGCGUGAGCCGAUGGUGUACAGCUGGUGUGGAGUCGAGGUGCUGGGUUCCAGGCCUUCCAUAUGUAGCUUUCUCUCUUUCUUCAGUUACCAACCCACCACUAGUCUGUUUUUAAAGGUGUUUCAUUGGUUGUUUUUGUUUUAUUUUUCCCCCCAUUGAGAUAACUAUAACUUUACUAAACUGUCUUUUCUUUCUUCGCAAAAAAAAAAAAAAGGUUCUUGUUUUAAAAAUAAAACCAACAGAAACUCACUGAUCUAUGCACACACGUGAGCAGGUCGUGCCCGAAGCUUUUCCUCGUAGCAGGAACUCUGCUUUUUAACACUCGCUGUGGUCAGAGCUCCGUAUCUCUAUGUCUUACAGGCCAGUUGUGCUGUGGGUUUGACCCAGCUCUAUGUGGCUUUGGCCACGUCUCGGUGGCACACGGUGAGGGCAGGAGCGGCACUGAAGGCUGCGUGUUGUGACACAGCAGCUUGGUGAAGGGCACACCGUGUUGUGCAUCUCCCACAGCCUUUCUGUGCAGGGUCUGUAUGGACAGCAUGCCUUUACUCUGUAUAUGUGGUGCCAAAUCCCACCCCUUCCCUUUGCCAUCCUGUAGUACCGUCCUUACCCCAUCAGCCCCAUUCCUUUGCUGACCCAUCAGCUCGGGGGGGGGCUCUCAUUGUGUACAGUUCUGAUCUGUUGUAGCUGUUGGCAGUAUUAAAAUGGUGAGUGAACA